UUCUGGACACGUCGGUCGCAGGAACGCUUGCAAUGGAUGACAGAGCAGACUCUCUGAUGACUCUGCAUCUUCUCGCCAAUUCGGAACGCUCAUCGCUUCUGCAGCAAACUCUGGAUCGGCUUUUGGAGUGGAUCUGCCCAGACGUUCGACUUUUCCUGGUGUCUGAGCGAGUUACUCCAUUGAAUUACUACGAGAGAUAUCGUAAGAGAAGCUGCGGCUUUCCUGGAAUAUCUGUUCUCCUUUUUCUACACGAGGACUUGGGAGAAGAACGGAUUUUCCAGGUCCAUGAACUCUUCCAGCGGCCGCCCUGGCGCUACCAGUGUGUCCAGAUUGCUAACGGGCAAAGCCACCUCUAUGCCCCAGCUCAGCAGGACUUCUAUGGCCUGGACGACCAGUUGCCUGUGUGGGGCAUCAGGCGGGUGCACUGUGGCCCCGAAAUCCUGCGUGUCACCCUCUACUGCAGUUUCGAUAACUACGAGGAUGCAGUGAGACUCUACGAGAUGAUCCUACAGAAAGAAGCAACUAUGCAGAAAAGUAGCUUCUGUGUCUUCGUGCUGUACGCAACCCAAAUUAUUGCCGUGCAGCUCUGCUUGAAGCAGCUGCCCAUCGGGGAGGCUGCCGAGCCGAAGGAGUCGUCAGCCUUGCAGUUCAAGGUGCAAGAAAUCGGGCAGCUGGUGCCUCUCCUGCCUAACCCAUGUAUUCCCAUCAGUAGCACCAGGUGGCAAACGCAAGACUACGAAGGAAAUACAAUUCUGCUUCAGGUUCAAGACAGCUCAAAGCCCCGUGAAACAAAUGUUGGGCUUUCUCAUCAGCAUAAUAAUGCAGGCAACGAAAAAAUCCUGCAGGACUCUGUCCCAGCCCCUCUCCCUGUAAAGCGGGGUAAUCCUGGGCAGAGAAGCCGGGAGGUCAGAGCCACGAAGGGUAAAACAAAACCUGAGCAAAGCGAAGCCCUUACUCCUGAGCAAGCUGGCGGUGACUUCCGUAGGCACUUCUGCUCUUCUCACAGUGGUCCAGCAGCCCCGUCGUGGUGGGAUGCCGCCUCCCUCCGCAGGCAGGCGAGCAGCAAGCUGCAGGCUUCUCUCCAGGAAAGCCGCGUUCGCCGGCAGGCAGCGGAGACCAACGUUGACACCGGGCUCGCCGUGGCGAAUCCUCCACGAGCACCCACGGAUGGGGCCGGCAGCGCCUCGCCCUCCCAGGACAGGACCCAGCUGCUCUUUGCUGCAGCCAAAAGGAAUAAAGGAGCAGGGCAAAGAGCUUCGGGCUUCCACUCGCAAACACCACGAGCCAGCCCUGCAAACAGAGCGGAGGACGAGGAGGAGGAAUUCUUUAUAUGA